UCCAGUGGGGUCCGACGGUGGAAGCCGCUGUCAUUUUGCCAAGGAGAAGUGGCGAAGCCUGUUUUGAAUUUGGCGGUAACCCGAAUUGCAAGGAAUUAGAGCACUGCGCCAUUUCUCACUCUUCAUCUUUGAUAACUCACUCAAACACAAAACACCGUCCGAUUUUAACCGUCCUCCAUAAUUAUCCUUCCUCUGAUUCUUCCUACUCUUCUAAUUUUCUUUCUGUUAUAACCCUAAAACCCCCGAAAAUUAUGAUUCGCAGAAAUUUUGGAGCUCAAUUGAUGGUUCACAUGGCGUCUUUCAUCUUCUGAUCGUUUCUCCCAAGAUUUUGACAAAAGUAAUCUUCCUCACUUUCUGCUCCUUCCCUCUCCCGAUCUCUUCCUUGUUUCUUUUGAAUCAUCGUAUGAUUUUUGUUUCUGCCAUUGCUGUAAUCUCGAAACGACAUUCUUGUUUGUUGUUGUUGUUUUCUUUUGAAUUGACCGCAAUGAUGUUGAGAAUAGGAGUAGGGAUUUAUAAGUAAUGAGAUAGGGAAAAGAGUUGCCGUGGGGAUGAAGAAUCUGGUUUAGUGGUGUUGAAAUUUGGAUUUGAGAGAUUUGUGUAAUAGAAACGUGGUAAAUUGCAGAGUAUUGUGAGAGGAAGAGGAGGAGGAUUGCGAGAGAAGAAGAAUAAUGUCUUCUUCAAACGAUACUUCUUCUCCUUCAUCGGAUUCUGUUUCAAAUUCAGAUUCAAGUUUGCCGCCUGAAGGUUCGGAUUCUUCUCCUCCUCCUCCUUCUCCUUAUACUCCACCGUCAUCGCAGCCAGAUGAUUUUUCAACGAUGUUAUUGCAUCAAGCUGAUGUUCCUCUGCCGUCGUCUUUUGCAUCCAUAAUUAAAGCUCCACCUAUCGAAAACAUAGUUUCGCCAUCUUCCUCACCUCCAGCUCCUCCAAAUCCUGGAACUACACCGCCGGCUCCUACUGGCGGCUCCGAUUCAAAUGCAUCCGACGAGAAUCCAUCGCCACCGCCUGAAGAUUCUGCUUCGCCACCGCCGUCUCCUCCGCCGUCGCCUCGUCCACCACCGCCUUCACCACCGCCUCCACAACUGCCGUCUGAGGUUGGCGUCUCUGAUCCUCCACCUUCCCCUGCUCCGACCACAAAAGCAUCUCCGGCACCUCCAGGAAGUCCACCUUCUCCAAUAUCUGAGGAUGAACCCUCUAUUCCGGUGAAUCAAAGCGCCGUUCAGGCUCCUAGUACAGCCGAGGAGCCUCCACCAUCUGAACAAACGGAUCCUCUUCCUCCAACAGAAAAUCCAGUCGCGAUUCCUUCACCAGGUGCAAAACCGGCGACGGGGAAACGAACUCCGAGUCCACCUCAAGGAAUACCUACUCCCACAUCAGAAUCUAAUAUUCUUUCACCUCCCACAGCCACCUCCACUCGCACUCCGAACAAUUCACCUCAUUCCACCGACUCAACGCCAGUGAAAUCACCACUAGGGCAGUCCAAUGCACCAUCGUCUGGCUCAAGUAGGCACACCGAUGUUGCAGUAGGCGCUGCGGUUGCUGGAGUUUUCGUAAUCGUUUUGUUUGCUGUGGUUUUUGUGUUCACAAGGAAGAAGAAAAGACGAGAGAUGUAUACUGGCCCCUACAUGCCUCCUAAUAAUUUUUGUGUGAAAUCAGAUGGAAAUUACUAUCCAGCUCAACAUGGGGGCAACUCUGGUUCUACUGAAGGCUUCUACACUCAAGUCCCACAUACCCCUGUUGGAAAUAGCUUUGGGAGUCAAAAAGGAACAGGAUACAGUGGCAGUGGAAUGGAGUCAGGUGUUAUAAACAGUGCCAAGUUCUUCUUUAGCUAUGAAGAAUUGAUGGAGAUUACGUCUGGAUUUUCGCGUCAAAACAUUCUUGGGGAAGGUGGGUUUGGAUGUGUUUACCAGGGUUGGCUUCCAGAAGGAAAAUCAGUGGCUGUGAAGCAACUCAAGGCAGGAAGUGGACAGGGGGAGAGGGAAUUCAAGGCGGAAGUUGAGAUUAUCAGUCGUGUUCAUCAUCGACAUUUGGUGUCUUUAGUGGGCUAUUGCGUCUCUGAGCAUCAUAGAUUGCUCAUCUAUGAGUUUGUUCCUAAUAAGACUCUUGAGCAUCAUCUCCAUAGCAGUAAUGGAGUGCCCGUAUUGGAUUGGUCCAAAAGACUCAAAAUCGCUUUAGGAGCUGCAAAGGGUUUGGCAUAUCUUCAUGAAGAUUGCCAUCCCAGAAUUAUCCACCGAGACAUCAAGUCAGCCAACAUUUUGCUGGAUGAUGCUUUUGAGGCGCAGGUUGCAGAUUUUGGACUUGCGAAACUGACAAACGAUACACACACCCAUGUUUCCACUCGUGUCAUGGGGACAUUUGGAUACAUGGCACCUGAGUAUGCAUCAAGUGGGAAAUUGACAGACAGAUCAGAUGUAUUUUCGUUUGGGGUUGUGCUUCUUGAGCUUAUUACUGGUCGUAAGCCUGUUGAUCCCACUCAGCCCCUAGGGGAUGAGAGUUUGGUUGAAUGGGCUCGUCCACACCUCCUUCAUGCCCUUGAAACUGGGGAGUUUGACGGAUUGGUAGAUCCACGACUUGGAAAACAGUAUGUGGAAAGUGAAAUGUUCAGAAUGAUUGAAGCAGCAGCUGCUUGCGUUCGUCAUUCGGCUCCCAAAAGGCCUCGCAUGGUUCAGGUGGUGAGAGCAUUAGACAUUGAAAGUGACAUGUCUGACCUCUCCAAUGGUGUCAAAUAUGGCCAGAGCACCAUCUACGAUUCUGGACAAUACAAUCAAGACAUUUCUAAAUUCAGAAGAAUGGCACUCGGUUCAGACAGCUUCGAAUAUGAUAUGUACAGUAGUGAAUACAAUUCCAGAGAAAUGACUGCAAGUCGUGAAUCAUGGAGAUUCGGAAAUAACUCAAGUGGUGAAUCAGAAACUCAAGCUUUUAAAGGACGAGCUGGGGCACCACAUAGUCACCAUAGCGGUCGACAAUUCUAAUAUGAUGUGCAAACAAGACGUAAAUAAUGUGUAAAGCUUCUUUCAUUUUUCUUUUUCUCCCAUUUUUGACUUAGUUGUUCUCUUUUUUUUUUUUAUCAUAAACUUAUUCAUCCUUCUAGACUAAGGAGGUGUGAAAUAGUGUGAUUUGGAACCUUACAUUUGAGCUCCAACUAGUAAACACCAUUUGUGGCUAUGUCAUUGAUUCAAAAGAGGUUGAUGAGCGAUA